AGGGGCUGCUGCAAAACACACUGAUAGAAUGAAUGCAAAGAGCCAAAAGAACACUUCCUGUUGAUGCAAAAAUUGCAGCAGCAACUGUCUGACACAUCUGGACUGGAGAGGGGGGGAGGCCUGGCUGUUAGCGAACUACUGAGGGGAAUGGACAACGUUUAAUGCUCAUCUGCAAAACGGGCCUUUGUUGCACUUGCCGUGGCGUUUGUGAUUGAGAGCGGUCCGUCUUCUCUGGGCGGGGGCUGGGCUCUGCCCGCGGUGAAGCACCAUACAUGACAGCAAACCUCACACUGAGCUGAAAUGAAACGAGUCCACAUAAAUGAGGCAGCCGACAAACUGGAGAAACAUAUCCAAGAGAUGGACGACGGCAGUUACAUCGAGUUCGAUGUGCCGGAGUUCAGUAACACGGUUCUGGACCAGCUCAAUCAGCUGCGGCUGCAGGGGAAGCUGUGUGACAUCAUCGUUCACAUCCAGGGCCAGCCGUUUCGAGCCCACAAGGCCGUGCUGGCAGCGAGUUCACCCUAUUUCCGGGAUCACUCGGCACUCAGCACCAUGAGUGGCCUUUCCAUCUCGGUCAUCAAAAGCCCUGAGGUGUUUGAGCAGCUUCUUGCAUUCUGCUAUACGGGUCACAUGUCCUUGCAGCUCAAGGACAUUAUCAGUUUCCUCACUGCGGCCAGCUUUUUGCAGAUGCAAGCCAUCAUUGACAAGUGUACCCAAAUCUUGGAGAGCAUCCACUCCAAGAUUAGCAUCCCAGUCAGUGUCUGCAGCCCAGAGAAAGAUGACUCCCAGACCAGCGGCAACGGAGUUAACGACAGCAACCUCUUUGUAAACCCUACCCAGAUCUCCCCCCCUUACUACUCCCGGCAGAGUCAGGCAGGACAUGAGGUGCGCUUUGAGCUGCCAGGAAAAACCCACGGCCGAGGCCGACAGCAACAAGAGGAAGGCCAGUCGGACCGAGGCAGCAGUGAUAGUGUGUCAGAGCAUGAUGCUCCCAUGGAAGGAGAAAUGGAGCAAGUGGAACUGAUCGGCAAAGAUGGGCAGGUAACCGACGUGCACGUGAAGAUUGAGAAGACCGAGAGGCCCACUUACUCAGAUAGUUCCUCAGCCGGUGAUGAUGGGUACCACACAGAGUUGGUAGACGGAGAGCAGGUACUGGCUGUAAGUGUGGGAUCUUAUGGUCCAGUCAUCCAGUCUGCUGCCUAUUCCUACUCAGGGCUGUCCACCCCCUGCUUCGUCAAUCUCAGCAACUCCAGUCCCUCCCGCUCCAUUCUCAGUGGCUACAGAGGUGGGCGAGCCCGAGCGAAGCGUCCCCUGGGCAUCCCAGCAGGAAUGCUGAGUCAUAUCAAACCAGGCUCGGAUGACAGCGAAUCAGUCGUGGGACCCACAGGCCUGGAGAAUGAUGUUCGAGAGCGCAGCCUGCGGAGCCAGUGGUACCCCUACAACGAGAGACUUAUCUGCAUCUACUGUGGUAAGACCUUCAAUCAGAAAGGGAGCCUGGAUCGCCACAUGCGCCUGCACAUGGGAAUCACCCCCUUCGUUUGUAAAUUCUGCGGCAAGAAGUACACAAGGAAAGACCAGCUGGAGUACCACAUCCGUGGCCACACGGACAACAAGCCCUUCCACUGUCAGAUCUGUGGCAAAUGCUUCCCGUUUCAGGGCACCCUUAACCAGCACCUGAGAAAGAAGCACAUGGGAGCGUCAGAGGGCAGUAAUCAUAUAGACUCUCCAGAGACCACAGAGGGAAGCUCAGGUCAGAAGGACCAGGAGGAGACGCCUGAGGGGAUCGCCUUUGAGGCACAAUAUGCAGAGGAGGCACCGGCCAAUGAGGAGGAGAGUUCAAAAUGCAGUCCAGAGGAGGCUCAAGCCUCAAGAUGUGAUUUUUAGGUCCUGCUUCAGGUUAAGGAAGCUUUAAGAAAUGUUUAUCUUAACUCAACUUAAAGGACUUUUUUCUUUUUGAAUCAGCUCCCUCUACUAUAGACAUUUCUUGCGUCAAGGGGUUUCUGUCCGUUUGUGAAAGUUAGAUGUUGAAUGCAGAGAGGAAAUGGGUGCUUUAUAGAAAUUUGAUUCUUUCAAGCAAAGGGAGUAACAACUUACUAUUUUUGAGGAGGUCCCAAUAAUCAAGACCCCUUAAUUGAUUUAUCUUUUUAUCUUUCCAUGUUUUUUAAAACAUAUUUACAGAGUUAUAUAGGCAUGUUGCAAUAAUUGAUAAUGUGAAAGCUCUGGUAAGAUGCUUGUCAUAUCACCUUUUUACCUGACCUGUUUUUGCACAUGUGGCCACAGGAGGUCACUUACUCACAAGGAAUGAUUUUUCUGCCAGUGCAAAGCUUCGUGUGACAUAUCCGUUCAAUACCUCAUGAUACAACUACAUACUCAUAACAGACAGUAUUUUAACUUAAUGAACUCACCAGGUUCUACCUCAUAGCCAAGAACCUACCAGGCACAGACGUGUUCACCGUUUGAAAUCCGUUUAUAGGUUGUAUGUACAGUAUCUUUAUUGCCAAACCCUGUACAGAAUACCCUCUCAACACAAAGCCUUGAUACUUAUGUGAAAUAUUCCUUGCUGAUUGUAUGGAUGCGGGACACAGUCCUUGUCAAAUGUUUCUCGGUCAGCCAGGUUUAAAUGAUGUUUAAGAAGGUGCUAUGUUAGCAGUACAGUACAUUUGCUAGCUUUGUUAUUUGUUUCUGCAGACAGAAAGACAAAUGGCCCUGCAUAUUGUCAACAUAUGAGUUUGCUGUCUUAUAACGUUUGAUCUUCAAAACACUUAAGAAUUUUAUCUCUCAUCACUACUGCAGAUCUCACCCGGCCGUGGUUUCAGACGCUGUCACCCAUGUAACGGGUGAAAUACGUCCACACAGUGAAGUCAUUUCUAUUUCUCUAUACUCUGCAGACUUUCACUGAAUUAUUGUAUUCGUAAAUUGUUUUGUCCUGAGACAGGCUUCUAGGUUAAUACUCAGCAUCCGACAGAGGCAGGAGUUGUCAUUGUCAGCUCAGCACAGUAGGAACAGCUCCGGAUCUGUUCCCAUAAAUCAACAUAGUAUACUCUUCUGAAUUAUAUGCAAACAGAAUGAACAAAGGAAUCUCAGCCAUUUUGUCAUGGUUAUUUAUUCCAUUAUUUCAAAGAGCUCUUGCUUUGCUUCCUUCUUCUUUUUUUUUUGCUUCUGUCCCACCUUUCUACGAUGGGACGAUUGAUCUGUGAUCGUUUUCCUCUGCAGUGGUUGGGGUCAGACGCAGACUUGCAACAUGUUUUCCUCAUUUGUCAAUCCUCCUUUAUGGUGUUGACAUUGGGGUGGCACAGCUAGAUUAAGGCUAAGAGUUAAUGUUAGAAGUAGCUGGUGAUCCAAAGUAUGAUGCACUUUGCAGAGUUGGGGGGAGGGACGGGGGUUGUGCCAUUGAGAAAAUGUGCUCAUUUCUGUCUUAAUUGUGAUGUGGCAGGGUAGGACAGCUAGAUGGACAGCAGUGCUUCUGCCUAUAAGUAAAUGUAUAAUAAUCUUUAAAGAGACUCUGCUAUCUCAUGAAUACUAGCGUCAUGCAUAUGGCUGCAUAUUAUAUCCAGUUUGAAACACGGGAUCAGGGAUCGGGGUGUUGUUGAUAUAUACAGACUUGGGUUUUAUUUCCAUUCUGAUUUAGGGUAAUCUGUAUUUUACAGUUAAUGCAUUAACGGCACUUAAAGGCCUGAUUGAUUAUCCUGUUAUAUUUAGGACAUUUAAAGCUCAGCUGGUUGGUCACUUUUGUGCUGUCAUGCUUUUCCUUUUUUUUUUUUUUUACCAUCCAGCUGUUAAACACCUUUUUUGAAGUGCACCUGCUAUAUGCUUUUAUUUUGUCCAAUCCAGUCCAUGCUGAAUUUGUGUCAAUGAAUUGGGUUUGAUUCUUUUUUUUCUUCACAGUUUACAUAUAAUUUUCUACUCUGUGUGUGUGUGUGUGUGUGUGUGUGCAGUCGGUGGGAGAAUAUUGUGUUUUGUUUCUCAUGUCUGACGUCAAGCGUGCAGUCCGUUUUUUAUUCCAGUGAAUGUGCGGUCAUUGUCUUCACUCGUUCACAGUUAAGAUAGCGAACCAAAAUGUAGGGAAUUUGGCAAAGGUCGGUAUAGCUAGCUUUUUCAUUAUCUUUGUGCGCCAGGGUUCAUCACAAAUACUUUUGUUUAUCACACCCACAGUCUGUCAUCUUGGACAGUCCUUUUUAGAUGAAUGUGGAGUGUUUUUCUGUCGGCCGCUGAUGUGCAGGUUUGACAGCUGAUAGGACCUCACCAAAAUCAGUCGCUGACUCGUUUGAAUCUGCCUAUGCCGAUUACACCUCAACCAGAAAGAAAUUAGGAAAUGUUCAAACAUCUUUGUCAGUAACGCUUUGUGAGUUAAAGGUACAAAAUGCUAAAAUAAUUUUGUGCCAUAAGUUCACACCAAAGACUAAAGGGGGAUUUUUAACUUUUGACUAUCACAUGAUUGAAUGCUCAUUUAAAGAAGAAUACGUUUUUAGUUUAACGUAGGACUAGUCCAUUGCUAUUUGCAAGGAAUGCACAUUUCCCAGCUUAUAACAAUCACUUGUGUACAAUUUGAACAAUUUGCUAAGAAGACAUUAAGCAGCGAAGUCAUAAAAAACACAAUAUAUUAAGCCAUACAGAAGCUGACGAUAUAAAAGUUGUGCAAUAGGUAUUGUAAUUGUUCAAAGCCAAUGUAAACAAAAGAGAGACUUCACACAUAGUGGCAUCUUUAACUUAGUGCCUUGCCACAAGCUUUACUUUUAAGAUACUGGCACUUCCUGUGCCUCUUUCAUUUUCUAACGGAUUGAAUAGAGCGAUUAUAGAGCACGGCCACAGCGUUAAUUUAAAGUGGUAUCAAGAAUGAAUACAAAGGAAUUCAUUUCAUCUUUGUCCUGUUGUUUUCCAGCUCAAGUCCUGUGCCCUGAUCUUGAUCUUUAUUUUAUAGUUUUUGCAAUCAUGGAACGGAUUUAAAUUUUAAUCUGAUUUUGUAGCAAUUAAUUACAAUCAAAUGAGGCGGUCUUGUUCCCUGCGAGCCAUGUCCCAUGUUCGGAGGCUUUACUGUAUCCCUCCUCUCUAACCACUCUGGACAAUCUUAACAAUGUACUGUAUUUUGGCAUUUCAAUGCAGGAAGGAGAUGCAUGACAAACACUUGUCUACUUCCGCUCUGUUCACUCGGAGCAUCUGGCAGGGGAACAGCUGCUUGGCUAUUUAGCCGAUUAUAAACUUAAUAUUUGUGGAGAAAAAAAAAAGCUUACCCUUAUAUAUUGUAGCUGAAUUGCACGUUGCUCAAUCACAAAAUUGUAUGAAAUUGCCAAUGGAUCAUUUUUUUUACUUGUAUUUGUGUCAUCAAUUGUGCACUUACAGUUUUUUUUUUAUAGUAAAUACCAAUUCCAUCCGGGAAGUCUAGUUUAUCUCUGUAGUUUCCCUUAAGGGACUGAGCUAAAAUGCCCUCAAUCACUUUGGAAGGGACCUUUCCCCCUUAAAUGGUGCUUUACAAGAGUCAGAUUUGUUCCUGUUUUUUUUUUUUGUCCAUAUAAUCAUCAUAGGUGAAGGAGGGCAAAUUGUUUUAUUGCUUUUCAUGAACUCUAGUUACUAAAUGUGAUACACACUUAUAAACCAACUUAACUUGACACUCAAAUCAACUCCAAACCUCGGAGAGGAGCAGGAGACGCAUUAUGGGCCACAAGUAAUCAAAUGGAGGUGUUUACAGGGAAGGCUGUCAGACUACUUUUUGAAAUUGCAGCUCGUCCUAUUCUUUUUAUAAUAAACUCACUUCAGGUAGUUUACAAACACUGAUAUAGGCUUAGAAAAAAAUCUUAAGUCUUCCAUAGCUUUUCUGUCAGUUUCUGUCCACUGUGUAUUUUAAGAAAAAGCAAUAACCUUUUUAAAAGCGGUGUAUCGGGAUCAUCAAGCCUAUUGAAAUAUUGACCUGUCGUAUAUCAAACAGACUUAAUGUCAGGGAGCUAGUGAAUUGAAGUAAGACCAGGGCAAUUUGAUAUUGAUGGAUCUUUUUAUAUAUAUUUUCUGAAACUUGGACAGGUUGACUUUCCUCUUCAGAAGAAAUAUAUUUAAAUGAAAAAGCGAUGUUGCUUGCUGGUGUUAUAAAUGCUCAUCAAAAGCCAGUGGUAGACAGUAAACUGCAACACAAGAAAGGAGUGCUUGGUUCUCAAACUCAGUGGAACUGUUCAGAGUUGCACCUCCAGCUGUGUCAAAUAUUGAAAGGGAUUUUGGGCUAUAAAGCCACUGUUAGGGAGCGGGCUGUCUGUUAUCAUGGGGAGGUUCAGUGGUCUCCUUCAGCUCCUCGGGCGCUGAGACUGCAGCUGUGGUUGUUUAGGACAAGGGGGGAGAUUUCAAGUCAAUAUAUUGUUCCUUCUCCCUUUACAACUCCCUAAACUCUACACUGCACUGUCUCUGGCUCAUAUGUAUUUGGUGACAAGGCAAAAAAAAAUCUUAGAACUCAGGGUAUAUAAUGUUAAAAGUGGUCUAAUUGGACAUAUGUGUGUCCAUAGUAUAAUUGUGCACUUCUCUUCAGGUGGGGAAACAAGUCCUCAGUCAGUGGUUCCCAAACAUUCUGCCUCAACGAGCCCAUAUUUUCCACAGAGCUGAAGCUCGGGGAGCGCUGGAGACCACGUACCGAACCAUUAUUGCAGACAUGCCCUAACUCCUGUUUUGUCCACUCUACACACAACCUCACAACCCAACUGUGAACCUCAUAACUCUACUGUUUUGUACAACUAUGAAGUAAAUGAAGCUAGCUAGAGCUGAUGUAUCUAUUGCCAUUUAUGAAUUUUAUUUUAUAGCAUGAAAUAAAAUAUAUUUAUUCAAAUUAUAUAUUUUACUCAUAAUCAUUCUGUGCUGCUUUGUUUUGGUUCUUAAGCUUGUAAAUUGCUUUUUUAUUAUAUAAAAUAUGUCAAUAGAAUAAUGCGUUUGUAAAAUAAAGACGCUCAUUUGGCUCUGAUUUGUCUUCUGUGUCUCCUGAAGUUGAUUUAUUCACUUGUCUAUGUGCAUGCGAACUAAAAUGACCCAAAACAAGCAACUUGUAAUCUCUAAGCCUCCUUAAGUAGUCUUGUUUACAAUGUGUACAACAAGGCAUCCAGUAUAUGUUCAAAAUGUGUUGCUGGCAUGAAUGGAAUCCACAUGCUGCUGCAGUAAAACUAUAUCUGAAGGCCAUCUGGAGGAAUAUCUGGUGUAUGUGUAACUUUAGCCCUCCAGAGGGAGCUAUUGAUCAACAAAUACACAUCAAGCCGUUGUUUCUUUUGAGCCACGAAGUACGGUUUAAUGAACACAAGAUAAAUAUCUAAAAAAUGAUUGGCCUGUGAUUUUAACACUUCUGUUCAAUGUCUUUACUAAAAUGUUAUUUAUACAAGCUGUCUUGAUUAAACGUUUGGCCACUUUUUUUAACAUUAA